GUCUGAUUCUGAAGAUCUUUUCAAAAUCGAACUCUGUUCCGACUUAUAAAUCAAAAUUUCUGUUGAAUCACCAACUACAAUCCAAUUAACCAUGUCUUCUGCUGCUUCUACUCCAAUUCAAUACCGUCUCUACGGCACCGGCUCCGGCACAGGCAAUGGAGUAUUAGAAGUUCAAACAAGCUAUUUCGAACGUAUGAUCUCUGUUUCUCCGGUCACCGGACGUCCGCCGCGAAUCCUCCAUGAAACUCCACGGAUUCCAUUCCACAAUGCACUGUUCUAUCUCUCUUUACACCAACUCCAAAAUCCAUUGUUCUACAUCUCGCAAUUUCUCUCUUCACUCAACAUCUGUCCCGCCGCUUGCGAAAUCAUGGCUCGCCAAAUCGCUUCCUAUAUCGAUCGGAUGAUUAACGAAAACAGAGAGAGUAAUUUCCGUAUCAUCGCCGAGGUCGAUUUCAGUCGAGUUAUCUGGAUGGAAGAACACUCAAUCUAUGGCGGUGAUGCAAUGGCGGAGGAGACGGUGGUGUUCGAUGAAGCUCCGCCGCCGAGGAGAGGAGUGGAGAAGGUGGCGGUGGAGAGAGUGAGGGAGUUGAAAUCGCAAGAGGAAUUGGGAGAUUGUUGCAUCUGUUUGGAAGAAUUGAGUUGUGAAAAGAGGGAGGUGAUAAGGAUUCCGUGUGGGCAUGUGUAUCAUGAAUCAUGCGUCUUCAAGUGGCUUAGGAAGAAUAAUUCUUGCCCUCUCUGUAGAAAGCCAUUGCCACUCAAUGACGACUCAAGGUGAAAUUCUUGAAUUUUUGUGGGGUUCUAGGAUUGUAAUUACACAUUCUUCUGGGGGUUUAUUUGCAAGAAAUUUUCGUUGUGAUUCUACUACUACGGGUAGUCAUGAUAAUAGUAAUACUAAUACUUUGCACAAUUGCAAAUCUUGCAACAUUCAUGACUACAUUUUUACUUAAUUUUCAUGUCCUUUUUUGCUA